AUGAAGACUUUUAUUCCACUCUUUCUAUUGUUCUUGGCCCCAGCCUUGGCUUAUAAAGAAGGUCUGAAAAUAAAAGAAAAUUUCUCUUCUUCAAACAAUCCCGGUCAUAAACGACUUAAGAGAGACUGGAUAUGGAACCAAAUGCAUAUCAAAGAAGAGAUUGAUACUCCAUUACCACACCAUGUUGGAAAGAUCAUGUCGAGUGUAAGGAACAACAACGCUAAGUAUAUUCUUGAGGGUGAAUAUGCCAACAUCAUCUUCAAAGUGGAAGAAGACAGUGGUGAUGUAUAUGCAUUUGAGAGGCUAGACAGAGAAAAAAAAGCAGAGUAUGAGCUGACAGCUCUCAUUAUUGACAGAAGAAAUAACCAGUCGCUGGAAGCACCAUCUAAAUUCAUUAUCAAGGUUUACGACAUCAACGACAAUGCCCCGGUGUUUGUACAAAAGGUAUUCAAUGGAUCUGUCCCAGAAAUGUCACCAGUAGGAACCUCGGUCACCAAAGUGACAGCUGUAGAUGCUGAUGACCCAACAGUCACAGGUCAUGCCACGGUCACCUACCAAGUCAUUAAGGGAGACGAAUAUUUCACAGUUGAUGACUCUGGUGUGAUUUUUACAACCAGGGCUGAUUUGGACAGAGAGAAUCAAUCAACAUAUGAAAUUAUUGUUAAAGCAAAAGAUGCCCCAGGCUUUUCUGGGGAUUCAAGCACAGCUACGGUCAUUAUCACGUUAAGCGACAUCAAUGACAACUUCCCAGUAUUCAAGCACCCAUCGUUUCACUUUAAAGUUCCUGAAAAUGUUUCAGUAGGAGGAGAAGUUGGCAGAGUCAAAGUGGAAGAUGUUGAUGAACCACAACAUAGAAAUACAAAAUACAGUUUUGUCAGAGGAAAUUACAGGGACACCUUCGAAAUUGUAGCAAAUCCAUUCACAAACGAAGGAAUCAUUAGGCCAAAGAAGCCCCUGGACUUUGAAAAAGUUGCUGAAUACAGGUUUGACAUUGAAGCAACAGAUCCCACAGUUGAUCUUCGCUAUUUUAAAUCUGGUGGUUCUAGGAGCAUCUCAACAGUUACCAUUGAGGUUAUCGAUGUUGAUGAGCCUCCUGUCUUCACCAAGCUGCCAUAUAAUUUUAAAGUGAGGGAAAAUGAUCCAGAAAAACGAACACUUGGCUCAGUUUGGGCACAUGACCCUGAUGCAGCUAAACGGAAAAUCAGAUUUAGUCGCCGAAGAGCCAGUCCUAACGGAGACUACAUUAGAGUAUCUGAUACGGGAAUUAUUCAGAUUCCUAAACCUCUGGACCGAGAAUUCAGUGCCUCCUACAACAUAACAGUAGCAGCCCAGGAAGUCCUUGAGGAUGGCCGGCUUUCUGACAGAGAAUCACACGCCCAGGUCCACGUCACAGUUACUGAUGUAAAUGAUAAUGCUCCAGAACUUGUUUAUCUUGAGGAACCUCGAGUGUGCGAAAAUGCUGUACCAGGAAAGGUAAUCGUCAGGAUUUCAGCCACUGACAAGGAUGAAGUGUCACCUGCAGGUUUCUUCAGAUACUCCCUGGCCACAGAGGACAGCAACUUCUCUUUGAUCGAGAAUCACGAUAAUACAGCUAAUAUCACUGUCAAAUACGGACAGUUUAAUCGUGAACUUGCAAAAAUCCACUACCUGCCUGUCAUCAUCUCGGACAACGGCGAGCCUGACCUCAGCAGCACAAAUACACUGGUCAUCAGCGUCUGCAAGUGCAACGAAAAAGGCAACUUUACUUUUUGUGAGGAAAGAACUAAGCAAGUCGGAGUUAGUAUUCAAGCACUGGUGGCAAUUUUCAUCUGCAUCUUCACAAUCAGUAUAAUUGUAUUGCUAAUUCUGCUAAGAAAGAGACACAAGAAGGACUUGAGUGGUCUUGGGAGGAAUGUGGCAGAGAUUCAUGAGCAGCUUGUCACUUACGAUGAAGAAGGUGGUGGUGAAAUGGACACCACGAGCUAUGAUGUGUCUGUACUCAACUCUGUCCGCAAGAAUGGUAUGAAGCCAGAAGCAGUGCCUUCUCCGUAUGCACAGAUUCAAAAACCUUCCGAAAAUGUAACUUCUGGUGCUGGAGAGAUGGAAAUUAUGAUUGAAGUUAAGAAGGAUGAAGCUGACAACGACAGGGAUUUGCUACCCUAUGACACACUUCACAUCUAUGGCUACGAAGGUGCCGAGUCCAUCGCAGAGUCUCUCAGUUCUUUGGAAUCGGGCUCCUCAGACUCAGAUAUUGAUUAUGACUUUCUAAAUGACUGGGGACCAAGGUUUAAAAUGUUAGCUGAGCUUUAUGGGUCAGAACCAAAUGAAGAUUUUGUGUAUUGAGUUCAAAUUAGUCAUCUUCUAAUUAGCCAGUUUUCUCCUACCUGCUACAGAUAGACAUCAAGAGCCUUCCAAAGGCCAAGGAAGGAUUCAUAGCUUUUUACCCAAGCACUACCAGGUUUUCUGACAGAAAAACAAGAAAAAAUGC